CCCCCAGAUCACUCUCUUAUCUCCCCUUACGGCGACGACUCUUACUCUUGCCAAAAACAUGAGUAUUCCCAUAUUGCGACUGCAGAAUCACCGCGGAAAAUGCAUCUCGUGAAGCCAUUAUGGCUUACCCAUGGAGGCGAACUCAAAGAUUUCGAAGUCUACAGCUGCCAUGUCUCUGCUGAUGGCAAACGGCUGGUAACAGCCGCCGGAGACGGCUUUGUGCGAAUCUGGUCGACGGAUGCGGUCUACAAGGUCUCAGAUCCAGAAUAUACCGGGCCCAAACAACUCGCAGCGAUCAGCAAUCACACGGGGACUAUCCAUACCGUCCGCUUCUCGGGGAACAACAGGUAUCUUGCGUCCGGCGCAGACGAUCGCAUCGUCUGCGUUUAUACUUUGGAUCCGAAUCCUCCUCCAGCGGCAUUUGGGUCAAGCGAAGAACCACCCGUGGAGAAUUGGCGCGUCUUUCGCCGAUUGAUCGGACACGACAACGAUGUACAGGACCUCGGUUGGUCCUACGAUUCCUCGAUUCUUGUCUCGGUCGGACUCGACUCCAAGGUGGUGGUUUGGUCCGGACACACGUUUGAGAAGCUGAAAACGUUGGUACAACAUCAGAGUCACGUCAAAGGGAUCACAUUUGAUCCCGCAAACAAAUACUUCGCAACUGCUAGCGACGACCGAACAGUCAAAAUCUACCGAUUUACCUCCCCAACUCCGAACUCGACUGCUCAAGACCAAGUCAAUAACUUCGUUCUCGAGCAUUCAGUUUCAACACCCUUCAUCUCCUCCCCUCUUACGACAUAUUUCCGAAGAUGUUCUUGGUCACCAGACGGGAACCACAUUGCGGCAGCGAACGCGGUGAACGGCCCAGUGAGCUCAGUUGCCAUCGUCAAUCGCGGUAGUUGGGACAGCGAUAUCAACUUGAUUGGCCAUGAGCGUCCCGUGGAGGUGUGCGCAUUCUCGCCUCGAAUGUUCUACCGAGAGCCUUGGACUGCCGAGCAAACCGCACAAGGAAGUGCUCCACCAGCAGUGACAGUGAUUGCUUGCGCAGGUCAAGACAAGACGCUGAGCAUUUGGAACACGAGCUUCGCACGGCCCUUUGUCAUUACCCAUGAGCUCACGCAAAAAGCCAUUUCAGACGUCGCCUGGGCUCCGGACGGGGAAACUCUGUUUCUGACAAGCCUUGACGGCAGCAUUCUCGUUGCGAUGUUUGAGCCCGGUGAGCUGGGAUUCGCCGCGCCACUCACAGAAAUCGAAAAGAGCCUUUCCAAAUUCGGGGCUGGCCGAAAAGCUGGAGUCAGCGAGGGUCCCGAAGCUCUUCGUCUGGAAGAAAGCAGCAAGGCUGGGGAACUCAAGGGUGCCCAGGGCCGAAUGGGAGAACUCAUGGGUGACCCGGGAUCCCAUGUGCCCCAAACAAACGGCGUGAACGGCGUGGCUAAGACGAAUGGCAUCACUAUCGCCAACACACCCGGACCGAGCACAGGCUCACCUGCGCCACAGCAACCUCCUCAGGAUCCUCGUAUCGAGGAUCUAAAAAGCCGGAUCACAUACACCAAGGAGGGCAGAAAGAAGAUUCGACCGAUGCUGAUAUCAACCUCCUCUUCCCUAGCCGAAUCCUCUCUCCCACAGACUCAACUAGUAUCAGGCUCAGCCCAGAACGCCAGGAGUGACGCCCCGCAUCAGAUCCUCGACCUAUCCAAAGCAUAUGAUGGAUUCCCCAAAGGUGGAUUGACCGGUUUGCUCGUCGGCAACAAGCGCAAGUUUGCCGAGAUCGAAGGGGAUGAGGAACGAAGAGUGGAAAAGCGGCUGGCAGGCGCUGUGCGGGAUGGAGGGGCGCCAGUUGUUAUGAACAGUGGCGACGGAUUAAUUCCACCUAGUCUUGCGACUCAGGCGGCAGGCUCCAUUGCCCCUGGCGUCCUUCGGCCGGCCAUGAUGAAUCCAAGCUUGUCUGUCAGCCAAAUCAGACUUGCUGUUCCACAAGUUCGCGCGUCAAUAGUAAGGACAAUGGACGGCGCCGAUCCCACAGCUACAGAGGGCGCAAAACCUGCGGAUGAUUCUGUCAGGUUGGAAGUCAAGAACUCGUUUGCGCCUUCACGGACGGGCAGGGCACAAGAUCGAGAUCCAGCUCGGGUGGCCUGCACGAAAUCCGACCAAGCACUCUGGCAAGACUAUUUACCUAAACAAGCUCUCCUCACCACCGGAAACCCGAACUUCUGGGCCGUAGCAUGCGAGGAUGGAUCAAUCUACAUCUGGACUCCCGCAGGACGCCGGCUAUUGAACGCACUAGUGCUCGAGUCGCAACCAGUCAUCCUAGAUUGCCGCGGUUGGCACUUGAUGUGCAUCAGCGCAGUUGGUCUCGCGUAUGUAUGGAACAUCAAGACUCUCUCCGCCCCUCACCCUCCCGUAUCCCUCGCGCCCGUUCUCGACUGUGCCAUCCAGUCCCAAGGACCUCAUCUCACGGGUUCCCCUGGCAUCAUCUUCGCACGACUGAACUCCGAAGGCCGGCUUGUUGUCGCUCUCUCAAACGGGGAUGGCUACACAUACUCUCCCGCAAUGUUUGUCUGGCAACGUCUUAGCGAGUCUUGGUGGGCAGUCACUAGUCAAUAUUGGAACACCACCGAUUCGUCCAUUGGCAAGUUGCAAUCGUCCUCGCCCUCGAACGGUCAGGCGAAGAACGCCGAGUCAUCGGAUAUGUUGGCUCCUGAAAAUUUGUCGGCAGGUAUCAUUCCACUUCUAGAGCGGAAUACUACGAAUCACACAUUGUUGCGUGGCCGCGCAUUCUUCCUCCAGCGGUUGAUCAAGGCUUUACUUGUCGCAGAAGGCUUCGAGGGCUUCGAGGCAAGCGCUUCAGUCGCACAUCUAGAGAAUCGCGUUGCCGCUGCUCUGUCGCUCGGUGCUAAGGACGAGUUCCGAGUCUAUCUUCUCAUGUAUGCACGGCGGUUGGGCGCCGAGGGGCUAAAAAUCAAGGUACAGGAGCUCCUUGGCAGCUUACUCGGGGAUGGCAUCGAUGAUCUCGACCCAAACGAUGUGGAUAUGGCUCAACCAGCCGAGAAAGAGAAAGGGUGGUUCAGCACGGAGCAAGAGAUCUGCGGAUGGAACCGGCGGCAAUUGCUGAAGGAGGUAGUCUUGGUUCUGGGCAAGCAUCGUGACUUGCAACGGACGACUGUUCCAUUUGCCCGACUGUUAGGCGUUAUCGAUGAACAGGCUCCAGCAUCGGACGAGGCGAUGGCUGUGGAUACUACGACAUAAUGGUGUAUAACUCGGCUAGGGGUGUUUGUUGAAUUUGCUUUGGGUAUUAGCAGGUGCACAGGGUGUCGACAGCGUCAUCCAGGGCGUAUACUCUAUUCUGUUCAUGUAAUCCUAACUCAUAGACAAUGGAUCUAGUCGAGUCUGUAGCCGACAGGCCAACUAAUUAACACACACACGGUGACGAGCCGUUGCAAACCCCCAGGGUCAAACCCCCUAGAAUCAUUCUCUCGGCCUACCUUUCCCCUAGAC